CUAUCGAUAGCCACGAUAGGCCCAGACAAAUGUUAUCUUGUUAUGAGGAUUUGCCGGAGAAAGAGGACGUGGUGCAGGAUUCAGACUGCUGCGGCAAUGGCUGCACCAACUGCAUCCUUGACAACAAGCCACGGCCGAGCAAACGCGUCCUGCUGGCGGGAAAACGCAACGUGAUCCUGAGCUACACCAGGUUCCGCCUGUUGCGACGGGAAGCGCUGGAAUCUGGAUCGGAUGGUCAGGUGCUGCUCCUGCACUUUGCACACGCAGCAGACGAGGAUGGCGAGGCAGCGGGGGACGCUGUACUAGACAUUCCACCCGGUCACCAUGUAAUGCUGCGCGUCGGCUCCCUGCUGCGUCCGUAUUCGCCCUAUUGGAGCGACUUUUUGGCAAGAGAGUUCCGGAUCCUGGUGAAGUUGGUGCCGGAGGGACCAAUGUCACAGCACCUGCAAGCCGUGCAGCCCAACGAUCUGCUAGAGUUCCGGGGUCCCAUCGGGCAAUACGUACACAACCCACAGCCGGCCAGGUGCAUCUAUAUUAUCGCCCAGGGAGUUGCUAUUGCACCCACUCUGCCGCUGGUUCGGCAGGUGCUGGACAACGAGGAGGAUAUGAGUCGCCUGUGGCAUUUGGUGUGCGCCCGUGAUCUGCAGCAUGUCUACUUUCGCAAGGAAAUGCUUGAGUUUGCGCAGUUCUGGAACUACAGGAGCUACCUCUACCUUCCGCAUCAGCAGUGUGACACCACCGCUUGCCAGGAGGCGGGCCACUGCGCCCAGGAGUGCCCACAGCUACGGCACAAUCUUCGCUACAAGGAGACGGCCAAAGUGUCCCGUUUAGAUGCUUCCGAACUAGCCACCCAUCUAAAUCCCGCGAUCCCCGGACAGCGCGUCCUCAUCGUGGCUGGAGAUUCAAGUUUUCAAAAGAUCAUGGCUCAAGUAGCAACAGAAUCAUUGGACGUAGAUCCGGCUAACAUUUAUAUGUUGUAAAUGCGAGGAAUAAUUGUGGGUGCCUUUAAAUAUUUCAAUACAUUUUAUGUAAUUCGCCGAGCCAUUCUUCUUCUACUGUAUUGCCUACAUUUGCUCCACUUCAAUAGCACCAUUUUGAGUGAAUCUUUACUUAUCGCUGCUGAGUCUAUUAGUUUUGGGCAUCAAGGUACGCAUAAUGACCAAAAUUCAUCUAUGAAUGAUAAAUACAAUUCUUUCUAUAAUAAACUGCGAUUUACCAGUUUC